CGCACGCACGCGGCCUCUCCGCCGCGUCCGCUUCCGGGCCGCCCCGGGUUCGGAUUCCGGAAGGAGACGGCAUCUCGGCGAGGACACACCGCCCCGCGCAGAAUGCGAAGCGGGCUCCAGCUCCCAGAGUCCAGUGGCGCUGUGAGGAUUUCAGCCUUUGUUCUGCAACAACAAGCUUCCACACACCGUCAGUGCCUUGCUAGUGUGCCAUACGCCGUGAGAUAUCUCUUCUCUUUGUGUGUGACUGAGAGCGUUUCCCUUGUGUGCGAAGUUAUUCAACAAAAUCUUGAGCUUCAUAAUGGCUACCAUGAGUGAAAAGAAAAAGAGAAAAAUAGAAUCAGAGCACAGAGUUUUCAACACUGAAUGGAUGAAUAAAUACUUAUGUACUGAGAACGAUACGGUUACUAAAGUAAGCUUUCAAAUUUCUAAGGAAAUUGCUGCUGCUGGGAAAUGCUUCACAGAAGGCGAGUUUUUAAAAAAGUGUAUGUUGAUUGCUGUAUCUGAGUUAUGUCCAGAAAAGAGGGGAAUAUUUGAGAAUGUCAGUCUAUCACGCAUGACUGUACAGAGAAGAAUAGCUGACAUUUCUACCAGUCUAAGUGAUCAGUUAAAGCAGAGAGUCAGUGAAUUCUGCUUUUAUUCCCUAGCUAUGGAUGAAAGCACCGAUUUAAAAGACACCACCCAACUUCUUAUUUUUAUUAGAGGUAUUGAUAAAAACUUUUUGAAAUUACUGAAGAAUUUGCUGGCAUGUGCUCCAUGACAGGUCACACAACCGGAAAAGAAAUCUCCAGUGAAGUGAUAAAGUGCAUGAAUGAUAAGUUGGGAUUAGAUUUCACAAACUUGGUGGCCAUUUGUACUGAUGGUGCUCCAGCUAUGUGCAGAAAAAAUGUUGGAGCAGUUACUCUUCUUGAAGAAUUUAUCGGGAGACAAGUAACUAAACAUCACUGCAUUAUACAUCAGCAGGUUUUGUGUAGCAAAGUCUUAAAAUUUGAGCAUAUAAUGUCAAUGGUAGUUUCCAUUGUAAACUACAUCCGUUCUAGAGGAUUAAAACACAGGACAUUUCAAGCCUUUCUUGAAGGGAUAGAUGCCGAGUGCAGCGACUUAAUUUACCAUACGGAAGUGAGGUGGUUGAGUCAAGGAAGAGUGCUCCAGCGUUUCAUUGCUUUGAAAGAGGAGGUAGCAAAAUUCCUAGAAAAUGGGCCAAUAAAAUUCCCAGAGCUUGAAAAUGAGUCCUGGAAUCAAGAUCUCUUUUUCUUUUGUGAUAUUACAGCACACCUGAAUGAUCUCAACAUUCAACUUCAGGGAAAAAAUCAACUUAUAUUUCAAAUGUGUGCAGCAGUGAAAGCUUUCAAAAUGAAAUUGAAACUUUUCAGAAGUCAGCUGUCAAAAGGUGAAAUGUGUCACUUUCCCACUUGUGCACAGCGUAUCCCUCAGCACAAACACGCCGAGUUAGGAGAAAAAUACGCAAAGCACAUUAAUCUUUUGAUUGAAGAAUUUGAUAGAAGACUUAUUUUCUCUAAAGAAGAAGACGUCCAGUUGAAGCUGUUUGAAGAUCCCUUUUCUGUGGAUCCAGAGGAAGUGCCACUAGAUUUGCAGUUGGAGGUUACUGAAUUUCAAUGUUCGGCAGUUUACCAAAAUAAGCACAGAGCAAGCAGCCUGUGGGACUUCUACAAAAGUCUGGACAAUGAAAAAUACAAGAAUCUUAUUGAAGUUGCACUGAAAAUGUUCAGCAUUUUUGGAAGCACUUAUAUAUGUGAGCAAACAUUUUCCAUCAUGAACAUGAAUUAAAAACAAGCAACGGUCUUCUCUGACUGACGACUGUUUGGAAGACAUUCUGAAAGUAUCCACUUCAAAUAUGACCCCCAAAUACAACAAGCUUGUUGUCGAAAAGAGAUGUAAUAUCUCUCAUUAAAUUUGCAAGGUAUUAUGAAAA